CAGAAGAUGAACUUUAUGUCACAGACAGUUUGCCCCAGAUUCCGGGCUCCGUCUGAUGAAGACUUAAAGUCUCCAAAUGAAGGGAAAGGAGAGAAAAUGCAGAUGAAGAGGGAAAUCUCUCUCAUCAGUGGGAUCUGCCUAAUUGUGGGCAACAUGAUUGGCUCUGGAAUCUUUGUCUCACCCAAGGGCGUACUUAUGCACAGUGCCUCUUUCGGACUGUCAUUGCUGAUUUGGGCUCUUGGGGGCAUCUUCUCAGUGUUUGGGGCUUUGUGCUACGCUGAGCUCGGUACCACCAUCGCCAAGUCCGGAGCCAGUUACAUCUACAUCCUGGAGUCAUUUGGUGGCUUCGUGGCUUUCAUCCGCCUGUGGACAUCUAUCCUGUUGAUCGAGCCAGCCAGCCAGGCCGUGAUUUCACUGACCUUUGCCAGCUACCUGCUAGAGACUUUCUACCCCACCUGCCAGCUGCCGUAUUAUGCUGUCCGUCUCAUCGCUGCAUCCUGCCUGUGUAUACUCAUUUUUAUCAACUGUACCUAUGUGAAGUGGGGAACUCUGCUUCAGGACAUUUUCACUUAUGCCAAGCUCAUGUCGCUCCUCCUCAUCAUCAUUAUAGGAAUCCUGAAAUUAUCUACUGGAGAAACAAAGAACUUUGAGAAUCCAUUUGAGGGCUCCUCCACAGACCCAGGAGCCAUAGCUUUGGCCCUCUAUUCAGCUCUGUUCUCCUACUCUGGCUGGGAUACCCUCAACUUUGUCACAGAAGAGAUUCAGAAUCCAGAGAGGAAUCUGCCCCUGGCCAUUGCCAUUUCCAUGCCCAUAGUGACCAUUAUCUACCUUCUGACCAAUGUAGCGUACUAUGUGGUUCUGGACAUGCCGUCUCUGCUGGCCAGCGAUGCUGUCGCUGUGACAUUUGGGAAUGCAGUCCUGGGGCCGUUCAAGUGGAUCAUCCCUGUAUCAGUGGCCAUGUCUUGCUACGGAGGACUCAAUGCUUCUAUCAUUGCUGCCUCAAGGUUGUUCUUUGUUGGGGCCAGAGAGGGCCACCUCCCCAAAAGUCUGAGUCUGAUCCACAUUGAGCGUUACACACCCAUACCUGCGCUGCUUUUCAAUGGGUUGAUGGGUCUGAUCUUUCUGUGUGUGGAGGACGUGUUUCAGCUCAUCAACUACUUCAGCUUUAGUUACUGGCUCUUUGUGGGUCUGUCUGUGGCUGGCCUCAUCUACCUGCGCAUCACUCAGCCAGACAGAUACAGGCCUGUCAAGCUGACCUUGUUCUUCCCCUUCAUCUAUUGUCUGUGCAGCCUGUUCUUAGUCAUCAUCCCUCUGUAUGGAGACACCAUCAAUUCUCUCAUAGGAAUUGGCAUUGCGCUCUCUGGGGUGCCGGUCUAUUAUGUGGUCAUUUACCUGCCUGAAGAGAGGAGGCCCAAAUUCAUACACAAACUGAACACCUUUGCAACCAGAUACACCCAGAUGCUGCUUUUCUGUUGCCUGACCGAAAAUGACGCAGAGACAGAAACACAAGCAGGUGGUGAAACCCAGCGAGCCUUUCAUUAG